AUGGAAGUGAUGCCGGCGGCCCUGGUGAUCUCCCUGCUGGUCUUGACCUACCUCGUCUUCGCCUGCGGUGUGGUCCUCAUCGUGCGGUUCCACCUCCGCGGGACCUCUACCCUCACCAUGGGUCCGGGGGCUGGGAACGGGGCAGGAGCGGUACGGGGCGGUGUUUUCCGGCCAGUUUUCGGGCAUGACGGACCUAUCCGGGAGCGUAUCCCUGCACGUAUCAUUUGCCGACACCGAGGUACAAGAGUCUCUGCCCGACCCGGCCACAGUGGACAUCGCUUUGGAGGCGUGUGCGUGGCGGGGGUGACGGCGGAGGUAGGCGAGAGCAGUACCCAGGCGGAGCUAGAGUGGGGUACCUGCGAGGGUGGUUGGCAGCCUGUGCUAUUCCAGGAGAACAUCUCUGCUCGAGUCCGCAGCCUUCCCGAAAACCGAGCGUACGCCCUGUUCAACUUCCACCAGAACCAGGACACCAUCCGGGGGCAAGCUCUCGUUCGGCAGUAUCGAGUUCAGGUUGACUUUGUUUCGACCACCACCAGCUCUAGCAGCACCGGCGACAGCAGCGGCAGCGCCGAGAGGUCUUUCAGCUGGGUGCGCGAGGCUAGGUGGUCGCUUGAGUACGAAACCGGCGCGACGACGGAGUGGGCGAAGAUUAUUCUCGCAGUCGUGCUGUUGUGCUGGCUGCCCGUAUGGCUGGCGUGGUGCUGGGCUGUUUUCUACAGGUCUGCGGAGGGGGGGUUCAAGAACGCCUUGCACGAGCGGAGAUGGCUGGAGUUAAUUGGUCUCUCGGUGGUAUUAUACCUAAAUCCCAUCAAAGUGGUCGGCAACUUCGUCGCCCCUGGGUCCGCGUCGUGGGGCCUUGCCAGCGAGAUGUCUCUCAGCGUCGCUGAGGCUAUGCUUCUGGUGGUGACCCUCUGUAUCGCCGACGGGGUGGGUAGGGACAGGGUGGGUGGCGGCUCUCUUGGCUUCUACCUCCUCAAGGUGGUGUUUGGCGUUUGGACCAUGGCGUGUAUGCUACUGGUUGACCGCGCGAGCUUCCCCACCGUCAUAGGGAUAGACCGCGGCUCGUUGCUGGCGGUGCAGAACUGGCCUGAAUCCCAGCAACAAGCGUUCGAAUUGGUGGCAUCCGCGCGCAUCUUCAUGGUGAUGCUGUGGGCGGUGUGGAUGUUGUGUCGCAUGUACGUCUCGGGCUGCCUCUUGAGGAAACUACCGUACGUGCCGAAUCGAUACCAGCAGCUAUCCUACCGGUUCUUUGGCCUUCAGGCUAUUUUGCUGGGUAUCGUGUACACGACGUUCACACUCUGGCGGCUGAUCGACAUCCUCGACGACGACAUGGACGGAAACACCUUCGCCGCCCAACUCAUGCUGUUCGUCAGGACCAGACAGGACCACCUGGGCUCGGUGUCGAUCUUGUGUGCGUACGCCCUGCAGCUGUUUCUGCUCUUCCUGCCCUCGUCGUUCAAAGAGUCCAAGCUCUUCAGGAAUAUAUCUGUGCGCUUCGUCUUCUUCGAAGAACAACUGCCGAUCGCCAUGCGGAAGAGCAGGGACGGCGGGGUCGAUGCUACCGCCGGUGGUGGCCAGGCGAGGGCGAAAGGCCCCACUUGCCAGGGCGGGGCCUUGAACCCGGGGGAACACGCAAAAACAUCCCCGGGGGACGUCGGGAAGGAGGACGAGGACGAGAAACCUGUAUUCUGCGUAGAGACGGCCGCGUGGCUCUUGGAGUUGGCGUGGGAGGCCUACGCCGAUCCGAUAGGAUUCAAGAACCCCCACAACUACCAUAUCCGGGUUCAGAGGUUAGCGAGGAUGGGGUUCGAGCUGGUGCGGCACAUUCACAACGUCGACCACGACACGAACUGUUUCAUUCUCAAGGACGUGCCGAGAGGGACGGAGUUCAACUUGAACCAUAUGAUGCCCACCGGCCGAGAGCACGAGGCGACGAAGGUACUAGAUGAAGAUAUCGACAUCCAGGCGGCGAAGUCAUUGCACGGCGUCGUGGCGCACAUGGCGUCUGCGAGAGAAGAGUUCAGAGAGCAGCCGCGAGACGGAAAUCGCUGGGACUUCGCCGACCACGCGAAGGGUACCACCGGUACCGAGGGGGCUGGCUCUGAGCCUACGUCCGCGGGGGUCUCUUCUUCUGUGGGGGGCACGGUGUCAGGGGCGACGGGAGAUCACGAUCAGGCCGGUGCUGCUGGUACGGCUGCUGCUGAAGGAUGUGACGGAGUCGGUGUGGCGCCAAGCGAAGGAGGGGGCGUCGCCAGCGCGUCACGUCCGUCAUUUCCGUCUCCCUCUCCCGCCGUCCCUCACCCAAGAGGCUUUCCGCGCAGCGGGUUGAUCUCGAGCGUGGGGAAUCUCGGCCCUCCGCGGCUUGUGGGUAGCAACUCCAUGUCGCUGGUGAGCGACAUCGAGCAGGGGAAGAGAAAAGGGCUCCGACGAGGGAAUCCCAACGGCACAGCCGCCGCCGUCGAGGGGGAGGGGGGGCGUCGCGGUGGCAGGAUCAAAGGGGGCGGGACAAGGUCGAGACCCACAGUGAGGUUCGAAGGAGGAAUAGAACUGCUUAGCGGGGGUGGCGACGGGGGAGGGGAAGCCCAGGGUGGUCGCGGGCGUUCUGCGUACUCGCUCACCGGACGGUCGGCAUCGUUUGACGAUGCCGCGAUACUAGAGGCUGGAGACAGGGAACAGGCCGCACGCUCGAGGAACGGGGAGGGGCGAGGAGGGGGGCGGUCGUCGUGGCGGAUGGGAGUGGUAGGGACUCGGCUACCUUCCGCAGGAGGGAGCUGGCGAGGAGUUCCGGGCGAAUCACCCGGCGCGAUUGGAGGACCGAGUCCGGAAUACGUUGGGCCAGCGGAACACUUGGUCCGAGGCAGGAGAACGGUGUUUGACAUGCUGAGGGAGGCGGCCAGGCGGGCGAUGGAGGCCGUAGACAAGGCUGCCCACGCGAUGGGCAUCAACCGAAUCCCCUUCCUGAGGCAGUGCCUGUGGGGGCAGGUGCACACGGGCUUCUGGGACGCCUACGAGGGUGUGCGGGGAGAACUCCACGCUUGCAUUCGGGAGACGGUAAUCGACUGGAUACUCAGCCAGGACAACCCUCCAGACAUUACGGUUUUUGUGACGGGGCACUCCAUGGGCGGCGCCUUGGCUACGCACUGCUCGAUGGACCUCAAGCUGUACACUAUCGACAAGAUACAGGCCCGCCUAGGUAACUUCAUGCACGUGCGGCGGACGUUGAUGCAGAAAGUGGCGGGUUCGCCUCCCCGCAAUCAUCAGCAGCAGGCACCUGAUGGUAAUAACGCCGGGGGCAAGGUACAUGAGAACGGUCCCGGUCGUGGUACCAGGGGCGGACGAACGGGCAAGCCGGGCCCCCCGAUGGACGACUCGUGGGCAUUGCCACGGCCUCCAUUAUCAUCAUCAUCGCCGACGUUACCCGGCAAGGGAGACCUCAAUGCGGCGGCGGCGGCGGCGGCGGUGGCGGGUGGAGCGGCUGCUAUGGGAGGGGGGGGGCAAGGCAACAACCCGCGGGAAGGGCUGGCGGGAAACCUGAGCAGGCGCUUCCAGGCGAAGCGCGGGACCUCCGCGAAAGUAGGAGGGGCCGCGACUCGUCGUGAAAGCCGUGGCGAUCACUGCGAUGGCGCCUGCUCCGUCUCCUCUGGGAACAGCAACGAUCGCGAGCCGCACGAUGGCACGAACGUCCUCAGCAGGAUGGUGUCGCGUUUCACCACCGUCGCGAGCUCGUUCGAUCCCCGGAACCUUAUCAACAAUCCCACACUGCGACAUUCAUUUUGGGGCCGUGAGGAACACGGCAGCGGGAAGGUGGACGGGGAUGGAAGGGGCGAGGCGGAAGAGGUCCCUCUUACCCCAAAAGUCGAGUUGCGCAUGUAUUCGUUCGGGGCGCCCCGCGCAGGGAACUCGAUUUUCGCCGCCCGUUGCGACGAAGUGGUGCCCGACAGCUUCCGAGUGGUAGUCGACGGUGACCCGGUCCCUGGAAUCCCUAGCUGGCGGUACGCCCAUGCGGGCACCCAGGCAUUGAUCGACGGUCGCGGGAGGGGAAGCUUGAUCAUUGACCCGAGCUUCGUUGAGAAGAGAUUUUUCGCUCGGUCCAAGCGCCACGUGCUCUCCCACCUCGUCCACGCGUACCAAGCGGGACUAAGGGGCAACCUGUUGCAGGCGGUGCCCCCCGAGCUCCAAGGUAGCGUGCCAGCUCAUUGGCCGUACGGAAUCAAGGAUAACAGCAGCAGCGACCCCUCUUCUGAUGGCGGUGCCAACGAUAACGGUGGCACCAAUGCGAAGGAACGGAAGCAGGACGUUGAGGACGUCGGGGGAGAAGCGGAUACGAACACGGACAGCGAGGGGGAGGGGGCUCUGCCGUCUUCGUCGAUGUUGGUGAGGCAGGACAUCAUGGCUCAACAGGCGGUGAAAGCUCUAAAGAGAGCGGACAAGCUUAAUCGCGGGCAGUCGUUCCGGCUAGUCGCUAGGUCAGUUUCCAGCCUAUCGCUGCGACCGACCACUCCCACUUCCGCAGCGGGUGCUGGUGAGGGUGGAGGCGAUGGUGAAACCGGUAAACCUGUGGGGACGGCGAGAGACGGGCUACAACACACAGCUCCCCAAGCCGGCGGUGAUGGUAUUAUCGGUCUUGCAGAAGGGAGCAAACCGGUUGCUCCGUCUCUGGCGUAG